AUAUUAAAAUAUUAACAAAUAGUGUAAACAAAUCAAAUAAAACAAAAUUAAUAGCAAGGGCUCCUAGUUGGGUUUGGAAGUACAUAAAAAAGGAUAAAUCAAAAGAAAAAAUUAGAUGUAAUAUAGUUAUAACUAAUCUAAAUGGAAAUAAAAAAAAAUGUGAUAAAAUAUUUAGUAUUACAACAUCAACUACGCACCUUGGUAAACAUCUCAAUUCUGUUUACCAAAUUUUUUCUUAUCAACAAUACGAAAAAAAUUUGGAUGGACAAACUAUAAUAGAUCCAGAUAAAUCAAUACCAACCAUAUCUUUAAUGUUUUCAAAAAUAGAAGCUUAUAAGCCAGUUAAACAACAAAAAUUAUUAUAUCAUUUGACUGCAUAG